AUGGGGUGGUUUAUGUACGAGUCUAACUCGAGUGUAACUGAUGGUGGUAGGAGUCUUACUGAUGGUGGUACGAGUGUAAUUGAUGGUGGUACUGGUGGUACGAGUCUGAAUGGUGGUGGUACGAGUUUAACUGGUGAUGGUACGAGUCAAACUGGUGGGGGUACAUGUACGAUUGUAACUGGUGGUGGUACGAGUUUAACUGCUGGUGGUACGAGUCUAACUUGUGAUGGAUCGAGUCUAAAUGGUGGUGGUACGAGUCUAACUGGUGGGGGUACAUGUACGAGUGUAACUGGUGGUGGUACGAGUCUAACUGGUGGUGGUACGAGUUUAACUGCUGGUGGUACGAGUCUAACUGGUGAUGGAUCGAGUCUAAAUGGUGGUGGUACGAGUCUAACUGGUGGGUGUACAUGUACGAAUGUAGAGUGUAACUGGUGGUGGUACGAGUCUAGUGGUACGAGUCUAACUGGUGGUGGUACGAGUUUAACUGCUGGUGGUACGAGUCUAACUGGUGAUGGAUCGAGUCUAAAUGGUGGUGGUACGAGUCUAACUGGUGGGUGUAACGAGUCUAACUGGUGGUGGUACGAGUCUAACUGGUGGUGGUGCGAGUCUGUCUGGUGGUGGCACGAGUCUAACUGGUGGUGUUACGAGACUAACUGGUGGGGGUACGAGUCUAACCGGUGGUGGUACGAGUCUAACUGGUGGUGUGGUGGUACGAGUCUAACUGGUGGUGGUACGAGUCUAACUGGUGGUAGUCCGAGCCUAACUGGUGGUGAAACGAGCCUAACUGGUGGUGAAACGAGUCUAACUGGUGGUGGUACGAGUCUAACUGGUAGUGAAACGAGCCUAACUGGUGGUGAAACGAGUCCAACUGGUGGUGGUACGAAUCUAACUAGUGGUGGUACGAGUCUAACUGGUGGUGGUACGAGUCUAACUGGUGGUAGUACUAGCCUAACUGGUGGUGAAACGAGCCUAACUGGUGGUGAAACGAGUCUAACUGGUGGUGGUACGAGUCUAACUGGUAGUGAAACGAGCCUAACUGGUGGUGAAACGAGUCCAACUGGUGGUGGUACGAAUCUAACUAGUGGUGGUACGAGUCUAACUGGUGGUGGUACGAGUCUAACUGGUGGUAGUACUAGCCUAACUGGUGGUGAAACGAGCCUAACUGGUGGUGAAACGAGUCUAACUUGUGGUGGUACGAGUCUAACUGGUGGUGAAACGAGCCUAACUGGUUGUGAAACGAGUCUAACUGGUGGUGGUACGAAUCUAACUGGUUGUGAAACGAGUCUAACUGGUGGUGGUACGAGUCUAACUGAUGGUGGUACUAGUCUAACUGGUGUUGAAAGUCCACGGUUCGUGCUACACAGAAUAUCUGACCGUACUUAA